GUUUAUCAAUUCUUUCUGUUUCAGCAUUUGACCUGAAAAGUUUGUGUUGAAUUUCCUCUUCCAAAAAAUACAGCGUGCACUUCGUUUCGUGUCCUUGUCGACUUAAAAAAUGCGUUACGUGGCCGCAUACUUGUUAGCUUGUCUUGGUGGUAAUGAAUCACCAUCUGCCGAAGAUAUCAAGAAAAUACUAGAGAAAGUUGGUGUAAAUGUUGAUGAUGAAAAACUGGAUAAAGUUGUGUCUGAGUUGAAUGGGAAAGACAUUAAUGAGGUUGUAGCUGCUGGUAAAGAAAAAUUAGCUGGUAUUCCUACUGGUGGCAUGGCUAGUAGUGGUGGUGGAGCUGCUGGUGGUGGUGCUGCAGCUGAUGAUGAUGAACCUGCAAAAGAAGAAGAGAAAAAGGAGGAAAAGAAGGAAGAAUCUGAAGAGAGUGAUGAUGACAUGGGCUUUGGUCUCUUUGAUUAAGUAUAGCUAAAUGUAAUGCUUACAUUUAAAGAGGAAUAAAAACCAAAAUCCA